UAAAGCAAGAGGAAGUGUGAUAAAGAUGCAACUGGUACGUGUCAGCCAUAUUUGCACUAUCCUUUCAACAAAUACAACAAUUGAUGCCAAUUUUCUACGUUAGUUUCCCCUUUACUUUGCGCUUGUCUUUUAGUGCUAUUGCUCCAUAGUCUAGAUACACCAAACAUUAAACUACCCUCUAAACUAUAGGACUAUCCCUAUUCCCCUUCACAUUCAUCUGGGUAUUUUGAGUCAUUUUUGUACCAAAAAUCUUGUCUUUAAAUAGUCUUUUCUUCCUCAUUUAUGGGGACCCAUAAUUGUUGUUUAUUCUAUACUCACUUGAUGUAUAAAUAUAUUCUAAAUAUAUAUAAAUGAUGUUUUAUUAAUGCAAUUCAAAGACUUGGGUGUGCCCAAUUAUUGAAUAUUAUUUUCUCUCUCUAUUUCAGUCUCUCUCUCAGUGGACUUCUUCCAUUACAUAUUUGUCAUUGGAGUAUAGAGGAAGAAGUCUAGGGUUUUGUUGAGAACUUUGAACUUCUCUGCACUUCUUUUUUACUUCUGGAAGAUGAAAUUAUUCAAUUAUUGGUAUAUUUCAAGAGUGAACUAUUUGUUUGGGUAGGAUGGCAACUGAGAGUCCUAUUAGAAUGCUUGAGACACGUCAAAAAUGGGCUUCUCACAAGGGGGCCUCUGAUUUUCCUUCGACUAAAAUGGCUGUGGAUGAGGAGGCGUUACUUGUUGAGGGUCACAAGUACUGCAGUAGUAGGGGUAUUAUUCCCAAUCGAAGUGGUAGUGCACCCCCAACCAUGGAAGGCUCCCUUGCAGCCAUAGGAAAUUUCAUUCAAAGCUCUGGUUUUAGUCCUAAUUUGACGAGUCUAAGUUAUGACAGAGAAUCCACAGGGCCCAGAGGGCUAUUGGUUUCUUAUUCAUCUUCUGGUUCAAAUUACGCGUCCAAUGUCAGUUUGCAUCCCCAGUUUCAUCAUUCUCAUGCCUCAGGUUUUGAUCAACAUUUGGCAUCCGGUCAUGUCAGCAACACCGUGGGAUUGAUCCCACUUAGAGGCAGCAGUGAUGACUUUUUGCGUUUAUCUGUAGGCAUCCUCUCAACACACAAGGAGGAGUCCGAGGAUGAUAGAUCACCACAGAAGUCUUCUGAUGCCGUCAGAUACGGAAGCUCUGCUGUAUUUUCAAGACAGGAACCAUCUCUAUCAGUAGGCGAGACUAUAAAAUUGGCUGAUCUUGUGAAGGACGAGCCUACAUGUAUGUCGUCACCUGCAAAUGGAGCAGCAGGUGAUGGAGCUGAUAGCAUUAAUGCUGACAAGCCUUCCUUGCAGAGAGAUGUAACAAGUGCGCCUAUUGCAGUAGCAUCAGGCAUCUCUGCAGAGGACACGGCAUCAGGAACGCCUGACUUGAGAUCACCUUAUGAUUCUAGACAAGGCUCGUUGUUAUCCACUAAAAAUGAUGAUCCAAAUAAUAUAGCCGCACUAUCAGAAAUUAACACUUCGGUUAGUGUUGAUACAGAGUUAGCCAAUUUACAAACAGGGAUUAAGGCUUUAAAUAUAUCUAGCUCUCCUAACUUAGAAAUCCAUGGAGGACGAGAAGAAAGGAAAAACAACUUCCAAUCCAUUUUAUUGCCACCCCAGAUGCAGCAGGGUGGUACUUUGCAAUUUCAAGGCUCUAUGCCUCAUGUAGUAUCCCAAGGCCCAAAUAAUUCAUUUGCAGUAGCAAACCAAUAUUUCCAUGGUGGGAAGUUUACCUCAACAGAAGUUCAACCUGUACUUGACUCAUCAGGCUUUGCUCCUCCACUUUAUGCUAAUGCAGCUGCUAAUUAUAUGCAAUCAGCAAAUCCAUAUUAUGCUGGUGCCCAACCAUCAGGAGUAAUAUAUUCUUCGCAGUAUGGCAUGGGGGGCUAUCCUUACAAUCCGACUGCUGUCCCUCCUUUUAUGGCUGGAUAUCCCCCACAUAGCACUGUCCCUUUAGCAUUUGAUGGUGCUUCUACUGGUUCCGAUGUUAACACUCACAUUAUUGGUUCAUGGGGAAGUGGCGCACAGGGGGUUGACUUACAACAUUUUAACAAGUUCUAUGGCCAACUUGGAUUUGGACAACCUUUUGUGGAUCCCCAUCUGCAAUUUCCCCAGUCUUUAGGUGAUAUAUACGGUCUUCCUGCUCAAGUUGAUCAGUUGGCUUUGAGAGGGGGUGUAGUUGGAAACCAGAUGAGUGCUUUCAAUGUGCCUGCUGGAACUGAUUUAUCAUCUGUUUCAUCUGAUCAUAGACAUCAAUAUCAGGGAUCUGGUGGACAGAGUAAUGUGAAUCAGAGAAGGGGGCAAAUUAUGGGUACAAAUUAUGCUGGAAGCCCUGCUAAUGUGGGUUUUUAUAUGCCAAUUCCAAACUCUUCUCUUGCUAGUCCUGUAUUUCCUGGAUCUCCAAUCGGUGGUGGCAGUUUGCCCGGGGGAAGAAGUGAUUUGGGCUCACCUAAUUCUGGUAAAAGUGGGACUUUUUAUACUGGUUGGCAAGGUCAAAGAGGAUUUGAUAGCUUCAGUUAUCAAAAGCCUUACUCCUUCCUUGAAGAGCUAAAAUCUGGUAAAGGCAGAAGGUUUGAGCUAUCUGAUAUAGUAGGUCAUGUGGUUGAAUUUAGUGUUGAUCAACAUGGGAGUCGCUUUAUUCAGCAGAAAUUAGAAAAUUGUAGUAUUGAGGACAAGGCAUCGGUGUUUCAAGAAGUUCUCCCUCAUGCUUCCAAAUUGAUGACUGACGUUUUUGGAAAUUACGUUAUUCAAAAGUUUUUUGAGUAUGGAACUUCUGAUCAGAGGAGGGACCUAGCUAAGGCCCUUGGGGGUCUGAUAUUACAAUUGAGCUUGCAAAUGUACGGUUGUCGUGUUAUUCAAAAGGCACUUGAUGUUAUUGAGGUUGAUCAGAAGACUGAACUUGUCCGUGAGCUGGAUGGGCAUGUCAUGAGAUGUGUCCGUGAUCAAAAUGGAAACCAUGUGAUCCAAAAGUGUAUCGAAUGUGUUCCUUCAGAAAAAAUUGGUUUUAUUAUUUCUGCUUUCCGUGGUCAAGUUGCUAGCCUUUCAAUGCACCCUUAUGGGUGUCGUGUUAUACAGAGAGUCCUUGAGCAUUGUACAGAUGAGUUGCAGAGUCAGUUUAUUGUGGAUGAGAUAUUGGAGUCCGUUUGUACGCUUGCCCAAGAUCAAUAUGGCAAUUAUGUUACCCAGCAUGUUCUAGAGAGGGGAAGGCCUCAAGAGAGGAGCCAAAUUGUAAAAAAUAUAUCUGGGCAAGUUAUACAAAUGAGCCAGCACAAGUUCGCGUCAAAUGUUGUUGAGAAAUGCCUUGAAUAUUGCGAUCCUACUUCGAGAGAACUCCUGAUUAGUGAAGUCAUUGGGAAAAACGAAGGAAAUGAUAACUUAUUGGUAAUGAUGAAGGACCAAUAUGCUAAUUAUGUGGUCCAAAAGAUUCUUGAGAAGUGUACUGAAAAUCAACGAGAUCUGCUCAUUGGUCGUAUAAGAGUGCAUCUCAAUGCUUUGAAGAAAUACACUUAUGGAAAGCAUAUUGUGGCUCGUUUCGAGCAGCUGUUUGGAGAAAUUGAAGCCCAGGGAUCCUGAAUGGCGGUCGAAAGAUUGUAGUGAUGAUGAGCAGAAGAAAAAGCGAAACGAUAUUGUGAAUGGAAGUUGUUGAAUGUUGUUGUAUUUGAAAGAGUUGUGCAGUCCAACUCCAACAGCUUAUGUUGUAUUUUGUAAAGUUCUAGUACAUUUGUGUAUACAACAGAAUUUGUGUAGUUACUUACAGGACCAGCUGAGAUGAGAAUGGAAUUUGUUAGCCAAACCAAAAUUAAUCAAACUGUUGGAGAAAGUUCAUUUCCUUUUUAUUAAGAAUAAUUUGACAAUUACAACCUUAAAGUA